AAGAAUCGAAGUCAUCUCGCAAUUCCUGAAGUCUAAUUUCAUUCCCCUUUCUGCCCUAUUCUCUCCUGCCCUAGAAUCACAACCUCUCUGAAAUCUUGAUCAAUCCUCGAAUCGAAAACAAUUUCGGUUGACGGGCAAAGCUCUAAGCUGCAAUAAGCACCCAAUUUUAAUCUUCAAAGAAGACGAUGUGGGCUGCUUCCUGCCUCGCAUCAUGCUGCGCGGCCUGCGCUUGUGAUGCUUGCCGGACGGCGGUAUCAAGUAUCAGCCGGCGUUCCGCUAGGAUUGCCUACUGUGGGCUGUUUGCGUUCUCACUAAUUGUUGCAUGGAUUCUUCGUGUGGUUGCCGCUCCCUUAAUGGAGAAAAUCCCCUGGAUCAAUCACUUUACACAUACGCCUAGCAAAGAAUGGUUUGAAAUAGAUGCAGUUCUGCGGGUUAGCUUGGGAAAUUUUGUCUUUUUCACUAUUCUAGCAAUUCUAAUGAUUGGUGUGAAAAGCCAGAAGGAUCCUCGUGAUAGUUUGCACCAUGGAGGAUGGAUGAUGAAAAUCAUAUGUUGGUGCCUUUUGGUCAUUUUCAUGUUUUUCCUUCCAAAUGAGGUUAUUGACUUGUAUGAAACGUCAUCAAAGUUUGGCUCAGGUUUGUUUCUUCUUGUUCAAGUUGUGCUGCUGUUGGAUUUUGUUCAUAGAUGGAAUGACACAUGGGUUGGAUAUGAUGAGCAGUUCUGGUACAUUGCUCUGUUUGUGGUUUCUCUCGUUUGUUAUGUGGGCACAUUUGCAUUCUCUGGAGUUCUCUUUCACUUCUUUACAGCAUCUGGACGGGACUGUGGCCUCAAUACCUUUUUUAUUACCAUGACCCUGAUUUUCGCAUUUGUUUUUGCUAUAGUUGCUUUGCAUCCUGCUGUAAAUAGUAGCAUCCUGCCUGCAUCAGUGAUAUCCUUAUACUGCACUUAUCUCUGUUAUAGUGCACUGGCCAGUGAACCAAGAGAUUAUGAGUGCAAUGGUCUUCACAAGCACUCAAAAGCUGUUUCCACUGGCACCCUUACCUUAGGUUUAAUUACAACCGUUCUGUCUGUUGUCUAUUCUGCUGUACGAGCUGGAUCAUCGGCUGCAGUGCUUUCUCCGCCAAGUUCACCUCGUGCUGGGAAGCCUUUGCUUCCUAUGGAUGCCAAGGAGGAAGACGAGAAGGAAAAAGCAAAGCCAGUUACAUAUUCGUAUGCCUUUUUCCACUUGAUUUUUUCUCUUGCUAGCAUGUACUCUGCAAUGCUUCUGAUUGGAUGGACAACCUCUGUCGGGGAGAGCAGCAAGAUAGUCGAUGUUGGGUGGCCUUCCGUGUGGGUUCGCAUCAUCACUAGCUGGGCAACCGCUGUACUGUACAUGUGGUCUCUUGUUGCUCCUAUCCUCUUUCCCGAUCGGGAGUUCUAAGUGCCCUGCUACUCAGCUGCAGGGUUCUGGAGAAGGGUCCAUGUCUCAUCAAAGUAUCAACUACUAUAUAUAUAUAUAUAUAUAUAUAUAUAUUGGUUUGCUGUGGUGUGUCCACUACUAUCAUCAUAUCAUGUGUGCCCUGGAAUAAAUGUUGUUUGACAUAAUGCCAGUUUCCAAGUGGCCAAACUUGCUUGUAUAGUUAACUUUUGAUACCCAGAAGGAUUUGUUGCUCUAUUAUCCUCAAGGACUAAUGGAAGGCUAUUAUGAGCUUUGUUUACUUUA